AUGGUACAGCUAUCGCCCAAGGGGCACGCGGUUUAUCAGCGACCAAUAAGAGCGUCUCCGGACUCAGAUCACUCCCAGUUGAUCGACAGACUCGCUGCCAGAAUGAUCGCAACGUGGUUCGUGCUGCUUGCUGUGGCGCUCACAGUCGUCGCUGCCGAUGUACCGGUGGUGACGCGAGCGGAAUGGAAUGCCCGCCCCGCCAGUGGGGAUAUGGACAGCAUGGAGACGCCUUUGGCCCGAGCCGUGAUCGCCCACACGGGCGGAGGCGGCUGCAGCGAUGAUCAGGGCUGUGCAACCCUGAUGCGCAAUCUGCAGCAAUAUCAGAUGACGAGGCAGAAGUUUUCGGACAUUGGCUACCACUAUUUGAUCGGCGGCAAUGGACGCGUCUACGAGGGUCGUAGUCCCAGCCUGCGGGGAGCGUUUGCCGGCGCCAACAACGAGGGCUCCUUGGGAAUUGCGUUCAUGGGCAACUUUGACCAGCAACCGCCAAGCAACGCGGCUCUGGCUGCGGUCCAAUCCCUUCUGGCGCAGGCUGUGGGGCAGGGCCAGCUGGUGGAGAACUAUCAGCUGCUGGGGCACCGACAGGUGAGCGCCACAAAGAGUCCCGGCGAUGCGCUGUACGCCCUGGUGCAGCAGUGGCCCCACUGGAGCGAGAUCUGAAACGGAAACUGAAACUGAAAGAACACUGAUGCGGGGGGAACGGGAUGGGGCUUAGAUUUAGACACGUAAAGACCAUUCCUUACACAUUUAUUGUAAAUAUAAUUAUGUAUAAUUUGUUGCUUGCUUAAAUACGAAUACUAAAAUUUUAAUUUUGUUGA